GCAUCAUGACCCUGCGUCUGUUUGAGCAGCUGAUCCAGAAGCCCAACCAGCACAUCCUCCACAGUCUGAUGCUACGCAGCCUGGAGGAGAGGAACUACCUGGAGAACAAGCCCCAGGAGGAGAGGGAGCCCGUGGAGAACGGCCAGCCCCACGACUUCAUAGACCUUGAAGAGGACCCUCUGUUUGUCGACGACUUCUCUCCAGAGAACAGGUUGUCCAGCCCUGAUUGGUUGAGCAACUCCCCAGCACACAGUCCUUACCACGCUAAGCCUGAUGGAAAGACCGAGGUCCACAAGAUCGUAAACAGUUUCCUGUGUUUGGUGCCUGAUGAAGCCAAAUCCUCAUCUCAUGUGGAGGGAACGGGUUAUGACACCUACCUAAGAGACGCACACAGACAGUUCAGGGACUACUGUGGGAUCUGUCAGAGAUGGGACUGGCGCGGCACCCCCAAGGCCAUGGAGAAGUGUGACCUGGACAGUCCCUUCUUCGAGGGCCACUUUCUCAAAGUCCUCUUCGACAGAAUGGGCCGUAUUUUGGAUCAGCCUUAUGAUGUGAACCUGCAUGUGACGUCAGUGCUGUCCAAGCUGUCUCUGUUACCCCACCCACACAUUCAUGAGUACCUGCUGGAUCCCUACAUCAACCUGGGCCCCGGCUGCAGGUCCCUCUUCUCCGUCAUCGUCAGGGUAUGUUGAGGAAUCAACAUGAGCAGAUACUCAGAUACCCUCUGUUGAUCUCUCAUUGAAUUGAUAUUGAUGUGAUUGUAGUAAGGUAGUUAGGGUUGUGGGCCUAUGGAGGAACAAUCUUUGUUGAGUAGAGUCAAUCUUGAGUAUCAAUUUAGUUAGGGCAAUUAUGUUAUAGUCACGUUUAUGUAAACAUAACAAUUUCCUCAUUCAAGUUUCCAACCAUUUUAUGCAAGUAAAGUACAUGUUGGAUAAAGAAUGUUAUGACAGGCCUGAUGGAAACAUUUUCCGGUCGACUUUCCAAAUGUCGACAAAACUAAAUAUGCGAGACAAGGUGUCAGUAAAAUUAAUUAAUGUGAGAAAUGUCGGUGGAAACGCUUUUAUGCGCAAAUAUGUAUAUAACGACCAUCAUAUCAAAGUAAACUUGGAGUCACGCAGUGACAUGGUGUGUGGUCCUCCCACUACGAGUCGGAAAAGCAUGCAGUUUAUCAAGCUACAAAUGAAACAAGUUACGAUGAACUUCACGGGGUGGUGAAAGUGCAAGGUAAUGAGCUUGAUGCUCCUUUCCAAUGAACAUUGAGGGUCUUAUUCUGGUGACCUGACAAAUAAAAACGAUCUCAUCGUAAUAAUCUCAUCAUGUAGGCUAUACGUGCUCUCUAGCCAUUACUGUACCUGUGAGCUGUUGGCUACUAGAUAACGCGAAACAUUUUUUGUUGUUGUGAGGAAACC